AGAAAACUCAUUUCGACUCCAAACUCGAAGCCCUUUUUUGUUCACGUCUCCUCAAAUUUUUUUGCCUUUUUUGAGCGCUAAUUCCCUUUUCUUUCUCAAUUGCGACUACUUUGAUCCCUCUCCGCCGCGGGGUUCGUAGAUCUCCCACUACCCGCCUCUCCUCCUCCUCGAAUUGGUGCUUUUCUAGGGUUUCGAAGCCCCAAUUUGGUUGAAUUAGGGUUCCGGCGCUGGAGAUUCGAGGUUGGGGAGUUGGUGCCCGAUUCCGCAGCUGGAGCUGGUGAAAGGUGGGGAUUUGGUGCGAGAAGGUGUCGGGAUGAGCUAGGGUUGGUGAAGGUUGGAUCUUUGGGGUUGAUUCAGUGGGGCUUUUGUGGGGCUAGGGUUUUCCGAGGUGUGCGAAUUAGGGUUAGGGCUUGGGGGAGGGGCUUGGAUGAGCUUCUAGGGUUUCGGAAAGGGUGAGAAGAUGUUCUAUUCGCAGUUUAUUCUGGCCAAGAAGGGGCCUCUGGGGACGAUAUGGAUCGCAGCUCAUUUGGAGCGGAAGCUGAGGAAGAAUCAAGUUGCAGAUACUGAUAUCGGCGUCUCCGUAGAUUCAAUUCUUUUUCCUGAAGUUCCAAUUGCACUUCGUUUAUCAAGCCACCUUCUGCUUGGUGUGGUGAGAAUAUAUUCUCGGAAGGUGAAUUAUCUCUUCCAUGACUGCAGCGAGGCUUUGCUCAAGAUAAAGCAAGCCUUUAGGUCAACUGCAGUUGAUCUUCCGCCAGAAGAAUCUACUGCGCCUUAUCAUUCUAUCACUCUGCCUGAGACAUUCCAUCUCGAUGAUUUUGAGCUACCUGAUGCUGCUUUGCAGGGUGAUUUUGUUGAUCACCAUAUUAGUACGAAAGAGCAGAUUACGCUUCAAGAUAAUUUGGAGAAGACCGGAUAUUCGACAUCACUGUUUGGGCUGGAUGAAAGAUUUGGUGAUGGAAAUGCUUCUCAAAUUGGCUUGGACCUUGAUGAGGAUUUAUUCUUGGACAAGGAUAAAUCAUCUCAGCAUCCUUCAAUUGAAUUGGGUUUCGAUGACGGCAUCUUUCAUCAAGGUCAAUCGUCUCAUCCUCCUACUGACAUGGUCAUCGACGAGAAUCUCAGAAUCACUGAAAAUAGGAGUAACUUGUCCGAGCUUACUUAUGACAAGUCUAAUUCUUCCCAUUUGGAGGAUCUUAGAAGAAAUAAUGAUGCCUCUACAUGGCAUGGAUACAAUAUACAAACCCCUGAUCUUAAUGAAGCCUUUUUCCCAAAUAAUCACGAGGAAGGCCCCCCUAUGGAGGAUAUUCGGUCCCCAGAUUUGCUUGAAUGUGCCCAUGCUCCAUCAACUCCUGGACUAAUGGAAGAAACAAUGCCAGCUAAUAUACAAGGAAGCCCUGUUUUGAGUCCACAACAAGGGAAAGCUUCUUCUCCAUCAGUUAAUGAUGAUGCCCUUAAAGCUGACAGCUUGGUCAAUUCAGCAAAUGACAAUGUUGCCAACCCCAAUGCAGUAAUAAUGGACCCUGAACAAGUUAAUAAUGCAACUGCUACUUGUAAUGAAGGCACUGAUCAUUUAAAUGAUAAUGGUGAGACUAAACAUUCCGAAAUUACUUCCGUGGAUGGACUUUCUAACUUAGAGACUUCUAUUGCUAAGUCUAUGGUGGAUGCGGAAGUGGUGAAUUCACCUUCGACUGUCCCUAAUAAUUUACCUGAAUCAGGAUCUAUGGCAGGAACAAUUGAGGAGAAAUCUCAGCCAUCAACUAAUCAGGGUCAUAUGGAAGAAGAUGGAACACUUCUUCCUGGCAAUGCUACUGAAUUUGGCUCCGGUUUGAGUCUGAAAUCUUGCACUACAGGGCAAGAUAAAGCAAGCUUUGUGGAAAACGCGGCCUUGGUUGAAAAUGCUUCUGAAUUUGGUAACAAAGAACCAGAAGAGGGUUCAUCCACAGUAAAUCCUUUACAUAUUAGUGAACUUUCUCUUGAGCCACAAGGUGAAGAUGCAUGCAUUACUAAUGCUACAGGCACUACUAUUGUUGGGGCCCUCCAGAACUCAGAACAUUUAGAACCAAGUGAUUUAUUGAGUAAUGAGAAGUCAAUUGAGCAAUCAAAUUCUGAACUUCCUGAGCCUGAAAAAAUGCUUGAAGCUCCAAGCAUUGAUGUCAACCAAACGAAUGAAUUAGGGCAAGUUACUGUUGAAAAAGGAGUCACGGAAUCUGAUGGAAGUGCUAACAGAGUCAGCAGCCUUACUGGCAAAAAACGUCGUCUAGUGGAUAGUACUCCAGCUUUGGAAAAUGAAAGCACAGGAAAAAUAGCUCGAAAACCACGAGCUGGAAAAAGCAUGGACUACAUUCCUGAUGAUGAUGAUUUAUUGGCUUCUAUUUUAGUUGGGAAAAAGACCCCGGGGUUGAGGUUAGGACCAAGCCCACCUCCCCCUAAAACAGGUCCCCAAAAACGUCCGUGGUUGACCCCAAGGACAGGCAUGCCCAAGAGGAAGGUUCUGGUGGAUGAUGCUAUGGUCUUACAUGCGGAUGCUAUACGCCAACAAUUGUUGAAUACCGAAGACAUACGCCGCAUACGGAAAAAGGCUCCUUGUACACGUCCUGAUAUAUGGAUGAUUGAGAAAAGUUGGUUGGAAGAUGAGAUAUUCCAUGAAUCCAUAUUUAGCGGUGCAUCAGCCGAGCUGAAUACCUUACAACUACGGAGAUAUGAUAUUGUAACUGUGGGGCGCUCUUCUCAAUCUGAAUUAUCAAAAGAGCCUGAGGUUUCAGACAUUGUUAGGGUGGGUGGGAAAGAACUAACUGCUCAGACUUCAAAUGAAGAUCAACCAUGUGCAGCACCUACAACAGAAAUAACUGAUCAGGAAGCUAAUGCUGGUUCUAGAACUGAUGAUGCUACAAAUCAUAGUGAAGCUUUGUUAGCUGAUAAGGCUAUUGAUAUUGGCAUGUCGGAACAGCAGUUAUCAAAUGAACUUAACCCGCCUUCUGUUGACCAGUCAGAGAUGAAUGACAAACCAUUGCAUUUGCUGGAGAACUCUUCUCCCAAGGACAUAGUAUUUACUGAGGAUGACGGUAGAGGCACAAUUAGUAAUGAAGGUGCAAGUAUGAGUGUAAUGGAUACAGUUAACUUCCCUCAAGAUGUUUGUGCUAACUUGGACAAUAAUGUCAAUGGUGAGGCAUCUCUUACUGUGGAAAGUAGCGGUUUUCCUGUUGCUGAUGUAAGCUUGCCUUCCGACUCUGCAAAUAUGAUGAGAGAUGCGAUUUCUAGUCCGAAUGUGGUCGUCGAAGGUUUAGAACCAACAUAUUCAGAAGCUGUUGAGGAAAUGAAAGAUGAAUUGGGUAACAAGUUGCACGAUGAAAUUGCAGCUGACAAAGUGUUUGAUUGCAAGGAAAACCUUGGGGGAGAAGAUGCUCUAGCGGAUACAGGACUUCCUCUUCAACCCACUAUUGAAGACGAAAAUGUAACAUCAGCAGUUGGAGAAAAUUCUGGGCUACAAGAAAACAACCUGAAGGGUGGCAUGGAUGUGGAAAGCACCGGCACCAACUUUGGACCAAAAGAGUAUAGUGAUUUUUGCAGCGGAAUUGAUGGCGUUGGUACAGAGUUCCUUAAUGUUGACGAUGAAGGAGACUACGAUGAGGAAGCAAACGAUGACUUGCCGAACCCUGAGGAGCUCCACUCAUUUGAGAACAGUGGAUGGUCUUCUCGCACAAGGGGCGUGGCAAGGUAUCUUAAAACUUUGUUCGAUGAAGAGACCGGGCGUGGGAGGAAGAGUGUGGCCAUGGACCACCUGUUAAGUGGGAAAACCCGCAAAGAAGCAUCAAGAAUGUUCUUUGAGACUUUGGUUUUGAAAACAAGAGACUACAUCCAUGUCGAACAAGAACACCCGUUCGAGCUCGUCAACAUUAAGCCGAGAAUAAACCUCAUGAAGGCUGAAUUUUAAAUUUCUAAUCACUCUAGAGAAAGCAUAGAAUGAAAAUGUGUCAGUAUUUUUAAUCAGUUCCCAAAUACAUCGUCCGCCAUAAUCGUCGCUGUAACCCCAUUUUGCUUUCCUUUUUUAAGUUAUUUUCUCUUCCUCAAUGAUGUUUCUUUUUCCUUUUUUUGUUUUUUUUAUACAAUAGGUGGAGUUAUGGUAGUGUACCUGUGUAUCCUAAUUAUGUCCUUUUGUAUAUAUAGCGUAUUUGUAAAUUUAAUCAUUUUAACAUACCUGCACCUGUUCUGUGAAAAUGCUUUUUUGGCUUUGUUAGUGUUACAAUUUUAAUCA